AUGGGCACCAGGUUCGCCCCCAGCUAUGCCAAUCUAUUUAUGGCCGAGUGGGAAACAUUAAAUAUAGACCACAAGCUGGGGUCGGACCUGGUGCUAUGGUACCGCUAUAUUGAUGACGUGAUCUUUAUCUGGAAGGGAAGUGAAAUGACAUUAACCUCCUUCCUGGAUCAAACUAAUAAUAAUGAAUGGAACCUCCGUUUCUCCUCUAAUAUCAGUAAGACAAACUUAGAAUUUCUGGAUCUGAAUAUUAGAGUUGAACAGAACAAAUUAUUAUGUUCCACAUACCAAAAACCCACAGCUAGAAACAGUUUUAUCCUGUAUUCUAGCUGUCAUUUACCCAGGUGGCUGCUCAAUAUUCCAAGCAGCCAAUUCAGACGUCUGAAGAGGAAUUGUACUCAGAAUGAAACCUUUGAGCAAGAAGCAGAAUUUCUAAAAUUACACUUCAAGGAUAAAAAGUACCCCAUAAAAUGUAUUGAAGAAUCAUUAAACAAGAUCAAACAAUUGGAUAGACAGUCCUUUUUUAACAAAACGCCCAAAGACACUGUAAAUCUGACAGAACAAGAAAAAAAAAUGCCAGGAUUGGAACUAUCUUACAAAAGACGAGACCUGAAUAUUUAUGAGCUGGCUUGGGGGAAACUGCCUUGCACACUCACUGUGUGUUUACUUGCUUCUUUGUUCCUCCCCAUUUCCAUCAAACUUGAAACACUUUCUUUAUCCUCCUCCUCCUGUGACACUACUUCUCCUUUUUUUUUUCUUCCUGGAUAUACUUUGUUUGCGCAAAGAACCAUAGAUUCCAUAUUUUCCUCACCUCCUUAUAAACUACUUGCACGGAUGAAGCAAGAUCCACAGAAGCUGGCGGUCCGGAGCUGUCCUGUGGAAAGUGCCAAGCCCAUCCCGCUCAUCAAGGCACCAAACAGUCAGGGGGGCAUUGCCAUCUCAGUGGUCCCGGCCAAAGCACCUGUCACUAUGGUGACUGCACACCUCAAUGGCCAGAAAACAGCUACGGCCUCAGCCCCAUCAACGGCCAACAGUGCUGAACCCCCACAGACUGCCCCCAUUAACCUACAGACAACCAGCAAAUUGGUGGGGGGUACCUUAAACAUGACAGCAAGGAGAGUUUCAGAGAUGCCCCAUGCCCAGACAUUGGGUACUAUAACUGCAGUGCCAAUUAAAGUCCCUCAGGUCAGCUCCUUGCACAGAUUGGCAGGACAUGGACCAGCAGUGCUACCUCAGGUUAGGCCAAAGACUCUGAUUCCAGAAAGCCUUCCCAUCUCCCUCUGCAGAGACCAGCCUUCUAAACAACCCCCUACAUUUCAAAAGGCCACGGUGGUCAGUAUCAAAAACCCCAGCCCAGCCCUUCCCACUGCCAACAACACCGUCAGCCACCUCCAGGCUUCCAACGGCCAAUCUCAGAGCUCACUGGAACCAACAAUUUCUUCGCCUCUAAGUAGUGGAGGUGUGGCCUACGCAAUUAUAUCCACCUCGCCAAGCAAUGCAAACCCAAUUAACACCAGCAACGUUUCUGUGGUGAAUGAUGGCAUCAAAGUUCAACCGCUCCUAAUCAGCGCUGACAGCAAGGUAAUUUUCAUACAACCUCAAGUUCAGAGCCAACCAGAGAUCAAAACAAAAAUUAAGAAACCUUGUGAAGAACCUCCUCAGGGACCCCCAGCUACCAAAAAGAAAAAGGAGGAAAAUCCUGAGAAAAUUGCCUUUAUGGUAGCACUAGGCCUUGUUACAACAGAACAUCUGGAAGAGAUCCAAAGCAAACGUCAUGAGAGAAAAAGGAGAAGUACGGCCAAUCCGGCUUACAGUAGCCUCCUGGAACCCGAGAGGAAACGCCUUGCAUCAAACUAUAUGAGUAACCCGUUCUUAUCAGGGAAAGCGAUUGCGGAUUCCUAUUGGAAGAAUGAGAUCAUUCAUGAUGAACACUGCUCAGCAUGCAAACGGGGCAGUAAUUUACAGUUGUGUGGAAUGUGCCCAAGAGCUUACCAUUCAGACUGCUUAGAUUCACCAGUCAAAGUAGCACCCAAAGGAGUCUGGAUGUGUCCAAAGUGCCAACAGAAGGUAUUAAAAAAGGAAACCGUGCCAUGGAGUGGGGCCCUCGCCAUCGUUCAGUCUUACGUCACACAUAAAUCUGUGAAAGAGGAGGAGAAAAGGAAAUUAUUGAAGAAAGGUAAUGAAUUGAAAAAUGAACAGAGACAGCUUGAAGACCAAGAACGACGGCUGAACAAUGCUAUAAAGAAAUGCUUAGAGCUAAAGAAUAGCUUGCUGGCCCAGCAGAGAGGAACUCAGUCAUCUUUGGAUCGUCUGAAAACUCUCAUUAGACUGAUUCAAAGCGAACAGAUGCUUCAGGUCACCAUGACGACAACCGCCACCGCUUCAUUGCUGACGGUCCCCUGGAUGAAACCCUCAUCUGCAACCCCUACUAUUCACAAAGGUGGCCUGCAGCAGUCUCAGAGUAACAAUUGACAUGGGCAGAUGAGACUAAAACUUUAAGUGAAUUUCGCCAAGAAGGA